UAGUAUUGAGUCCUCAUUACGGCAACAGCUUAGAGGCAACGUCCACUUGCCAGCACAACUGGCCAAAGGGAUUUCAACCCCAUUAUGGACAUUUUCUCCUGAAGCACUCCUGUUAAAACUCCAACAAUGGCUGUUUCACAGCUCUACUCAUUCCUGUGGAUUACAGUUAUCGUGCUUGUGACUGUUCUUCACUUGAGUCUGGGGUUGUUGUCUGACUACAAGAUCUGUGGAGACUCCGAGUGUGAAAGCCUGAUAAGCAGGGUGCAGGCCAUCAGGGACCACCGCGCCAAGGACUGCCGUUUCCUGAGCUUCAGACGAGGAGACACCAUCUCUGUUUACCACAAACUGAGUGGACAGAGGGAAGACCUGUGGGCAGGGAGUAUUGACAAACAGUUUGGCUAUUUCCCAAAGGAUGCCGUGCAGGUGGAGCAAGUUUAUGGAACUAAUGAGAAAGUUGUGGAAACACAGAGAUCUGAUUUCUUCUGUAUGGAUGAGUUUGGUUAUCCUAUUGACUCCAGUGAUCUGGACAGUGAUGAUGAAACUGAUAACCAGAAAAUCCAAAUCCACGAAUCAGAAUCACAUAACAACGACACAAGCAUCGAAAGUCCUUCAAUGUCGGCGGAUCCCUCUAUAGAAUUUCCAGUUUCAACUCAGCAAUCUGAAGACACAUCAACAGAAGGAAAUGAAAACAAAAACGCUGGUGAUGCUGCUGCAGGGACUCACAAGGAAGCACACGACAAUCCUGCAGCUCUGAAUGAACAAGGUGGGUCUCCCUCCUCUUCAUGGCUUGGUUCUUCCGUGACAGGAUGGUUGGGUCUGGGAAAAGAGGAGGAAUCUGUCAAUUCACCUGAUGAAGAGGAAGACGAAGGGAAAGAAUCACAAGCCCAAACUUCAACUUCAUCAGUGACAGGAUGGCUUGGGUUCGGAGAAGGAAAUACUGAUGAUGCUGUGAUACGCGGAGAAGACGAAACUAAAGAAACUGCUGAUUCUUACACUUCAGCCUUCACUGGAUGGCUUGGCUACGGAGGAGACACAAAAACAGAUUCCACCGAAAAGGAGCAGGAUGGCACACGAGAAGUGAAGGGAGAAAAUGAGCCAAAAGUAACAUUCAGGAGCAGGAGGAUGUCUCUGGACCUCGAGGGUAGCCAAUUGCACGAAGAAAAGAAGAAAGAGGUGCAGACAUUGGAUUGGUUAGGGAACGGACUGACACGCACGCUGGGACUUGGCGGGACCAAUCAGGAGUCAGAGCAGGAGAGAAAUGCUGAAAAGGAGGCUGAGAAGGCAAUUGAGGAAGAGGAGGAACAGCCUUCGUCUGGUUCCUGGUUUGGGAUUGGUGACAUUUUGGGAUUCGGGAAAAACAAGAAAAAAGUUGAUGAGCGUCAAGACGGUGGCUUUAAAGACACAGAAGAGAACAGAACCACAGAAGAAGAACCACUUUUAGAGUAUGUAGAUGCCAGUGAAACACUAGAAGAAGAGGAGCAAAAAGAGCCAGACGAAGAGCGACUGGAGGAAAAGCUUGAGACGGAAACAAUAACAGAAGCGGGAGAUAAUAGUGUUAAUAGCAGUUCCAACAAAGACACGGUUCUUCAAUCUGAGCCAGAAGCAGUGUCUUCAUCGCUGGAUGAAGACGAGAGUAAAAAAUCGGAAAUCAAUCUAAGGCCUGAGCUCAGUUCUGUGGAUUUAAAUUCAGACUCUACUGCUAAACCUGUUGGUGAGGCUGAGGAAGAUGAACAAGAAAAGCAGCAAAGAGAGACAACAGAUAGAGGGGGAGAGGAAGAGGGUGAUGAGUCAAUGGAAGAGGAAAAGCAGGAGAAGAUGGGGGUAAAGCCAAGUGUAAACCAGAAUGGAUUAAAAGAGGUGGGAGAGAUACAGGUAGAGGAGUUACAGCAGGAAAAACAACAGGAGGAGACGCUGGAUGAUGCAGUGGAGUUAAAAGAAAAAGAGAAGCAGCAUGGAGUGAAAGAAAUAAAAGAAGAAGGGAAACAGGAAGAGAUAGAGGAAUUAAACAAGGUGGAAGAAAUACAUGGAAAGGAGAGGAAGAAGUUAAUAGAGGUGAUGAAAGAAAAGGACAAACAGCGGAUCGAGGAGUUAAAGGAUGACAACAAAAGAGAGGAGGUGGAGGAGGCUAAGGAAGAGAAUAAACAGGAGGGUGUAAAGGGGUUGAAGGAGGAGGGAGAGUUAAAGGAAGAAGAGAAAAGACAGGAGGAGGUUGAGGAGUUCAAGGAUGAAGAGAAAAGGGAGGAGGUAGUGGACGAGUUUAGGGAUGAAGAGAAAAGAGGGGCAGAGUCAGAGGAGUUAAAGGAAGAAGAGAAAAUACAGGAGGAGGUGGAUGAGUUAAAGGAUGAAGAGAAAAGAGGGGAGGGGUCACAGGAGUUAAAGGAUGAAGAGAAAAGAGAGGAGUUGAAGGAUGAAGAGAAAAGAGAGGACGAGGUGGAGGAGUUAAAGGAUGAAAAGAAAAGAGAGGACGAGUCAGAGGAGUUAAAAGAUGAAAAGAAAAGAGAGGAGGUGGAGUUAAAGGAUGAAGAGAAAAGAGAGGAGGAGUCAGAGGAGUUAAAGGAUAAAGAGAAUAGAGAGGAGGCGUCAGAGGAGUUCAAGGAAGAAGAGAAAAGAGAGGAGGAGUCAGAGGAGUUAAAGGAUAAAAAGAAUAGAGAGGAGGAGUCAGAGGAGUUCAAGGAAGAAGAGAAAAGACAGGAGGAGUCAGAGGAGUUAAAGGAAGAAGAGAAAAGAGAGGAGUUGGAGGAGUUGAAGGAUAAAGAGAAAAGAGAGGAGGAGGUGGAUGAGUUAAAGGAUGAAGAGAAAAGAGGGGAGGGGUCACAGGAGCUAAAGGAAGAAGAGAAAAGAGAGGAGGAGUCAGAGGAGUUAAAGGAUAAAAAGAAUAGAGAGGAGGAGUCAGAGGAGUUCAAGGAAGAAGAGAAAAGACAGGAGGAGUCAGAGGAGUUAAAGGAUGAAGAGAAAAGAGAGGAGUUGGAGGAGUUGAAGGAUGAAGAGAAAAGAGAGGACGAGAUGGAGGAGUUAAAGGAUGAAGAGAAAAGAGAGGACGAGUUACAGGAGUUAAAAGAUGAAAAGAAUAGAGAGGAGGAGUUAAACGAAGAAGAGAAAAGAGAGGAGGAGUCAGAGGAGUUAAAGAAAGACGAGAAAAGAGAGGAGGAGUCAAAGAAGUUAAAAGAAGAAGAGAAAAGAGAGGAGGUGGAGGAGUUGAAGGAUGAAAAGAAAAGAGAGGAGGAAGUGGAGGAGUUAAAGGAUGAAGAAAAAAGAGAGGAGGAGUCAGAGGAGUUAAAGGAAGAAGAGAAAAGAGAGGAGGUGGAGGAGUCAAAGGAUGAAGAGAAAAAAGAGGAGGAGUCAGAGGAGCUAAAUGAAGAAGAGAAAAGAGAGGAGGAGGUGGGGUUGAAGGAUGAAGAGAAAAGAGAGGAGGAGUCAGAGGAGUUGAAGGAUAAAAUAAAGCAGCAGGAAGUAGAGGAACUACAAGAAAAGCGGGAGCAGGAAGGGAUAGAGGAGUUAAAGGGGAAGAAGAGACAGGAGGACAUAGAUGAGGAAAGGUUAAUGGAGGAGGAAGAGAAUCAGGAGAAAGCUGAGUUAACGGGAGAGAGAAAGCAGGAGGAAGUGGAGGGGUCAAAAGGGGUUGAGAAGAAACAGGACAUUGUGGAGGAGAUUCAGAAAGAGGUGAUAAGAGAAGAGCCAAAGGAGGUAAAAGAGGAAAGUAAGCUCAAGGAAGAAGGGAAACGGGAAGAGUUAAAGGAGGCGGAGGAAAUAAAUGGAGAAGAAAAGAAGAAGGAAAAAGAUGAGAUUAAAGAAAGGGAUAAAAAGGAGGAAGAUGAGAUGUUAAAGCAGGGGGAGGAAGAAAGGCAGAAGGAAGGAGAAGAGUUAAAGGAGGAGGUGGGGGAGCUAAAGGAGGAAGAGACAAGAGAGGAGGCAGAGGAAGAAAAAGAGGAGAAGAAACAGAAGGAGGAUGCAAAAGAAGAGAUGAGCGAGGUGGAAUUAGAGGAGUUCAAUGAGGAAAGAAAGGCGGAGGAAGAGGAGGUGGAGGAAGAGAAAAGGGAGUUUGAGGAAAUGCAGCAGGUGAAUUACAUUGAAGGGGACAGGAGGGAGAAAGAGGAAGAGGAGGGCCUUAAAUGUUUAAAUGAGCUGUGUCCUCAAGCUACUGAGGAAAGUGAAAAGAAGCACAUAGGAGAGAUUCAGACAAGGGCUUCUGAGGAAACAAAGAGAGACGUAAUAAGACAGGAAGAAGAUGGUUUGGACAUUUAUGAGACACAAGAAAUUGAACCGCCACAUUCAGGAGAAAACAUAGAAGAGGGUCAAUCGUAUCCUCAUGAUCCAAAAAACACAGAUCUCUAUCAGGGUAAUGAUACUGAGUCCAAAGAUGCUGAAACUAGCAGCGAUGGAAUUUCCAAUGACAGGAAACCAAAGCCAAUCCAGUCAAAUCCAGAUCAUGAGACCGAUGAUGUGGGGAAUGGGAGCUCUGAUUCACAGAUGAAUGAAUCUGUUGAAAGUCAGAUAUAUGAACAAACUGCGCCCCGUGUGUCUGAAGAACCUGCUGGAUCCUCACUUCCGCCCGACGAUCUCAACACGAGAGGAGCAGAGACUGGAAAUGGAGGAGCUUUCGGCCUUUUUAAAAACGCCUUUAGCUAUUUAAGCCAAACACGUGACACUGAAACAGAGGAUGGUGUUGAUUCUGGUUUGGAGACAAAUACAGGUGAGACGUCUCAGCCACAAACCCCUCAGAUCUAUGAACAGGAAGUAAACUCCAACACUGAUUCGAAUCAGAUUUAUACACAAGAUCGUCCAGGCGCCAUGGCCACAGAGCAGCCACAGCCUCCCGCUUCCUCUGCCAGCAUCCAGACAUCAGCCGUGUCUCAACCCCAUACCCCAUCUCUGCACACACCUUUCCUCUCCAAGCACUACACAAACCUCCCCGCCUAUAUGACAGUGGAGGAGGUGAAUGUUUUGACGGAGCUCUUUGGGCGACACAAGCUCCAGUUUUUAGACUACAUGUUGGGGAGCUCAGAAUCCGUGGCUGCGGAGCCUGAUGAAUCUAUAAUGUCAGAUAUAGAAAGACUCCUGCAUCAUCACAGGGAGACCCUGACGUCUCCUAGCAUGAGACUCGCAGAUGCUCCACAGGAGGACAAGGAAAAGACCAGGACGCUCAUCGCUCUUCAGAAACUAGAGACGCUGAUCACAAGAGUGAGAGAGACUUCCAGCACAGGAAAAUCAGACAGUAGCAAAGGAAAGCAUCAAGCCGAGGCUAGCUGUGUGGAUGCAUCUUGUUCAACUCACAGCAAAGAUCACGAAAUGAGCCCUGCGUACGACUCAAGGAAGACAGAGGGUACUUCUGUAGCCGCGGAUAACAUCCAGAGUGAUGACAUGACGGAUGUGGGGAACGAUGGAAAAGAGAGGGAUGAGAAAAGAGAAAAGAAUAAUGAUGGAUGUGGGGAAGAGUGUCCUGAGAAUCAGUUAGGAUCACUGCAGUCCCAGGAAGGAGUGAUGGAGCAAUUUCUGGACUUUGUUCAUCAGAUCGGUGAAGAAUCAGAACAUCAUGUUCAUGCAGUGAGGGAGCGUCUCACAUGGAUGGCACAGGUUGUGUCGUCACUGCCUGAUGACAUCAGACCCGGGCCAGACCUGUAUGGCGUACCGUGGGAACCAGUCAUCGUCUCCAGUUUGGUGGGACUGGUGACAGUGCUGCUGUUCACCUGUAGAUGUUAUAGCUCUUUCAAAAGCAGAAUGUAUCGAAGUAAAGAGCAUUGGAUGGCAGCACAGGUUACACAGUUGCUUGAUGAGAAGUGUAAAGUUCUUGAGACUCUUAGUAAAUGUCAACAAGAGUAUGAUGAACUGGAGGACUCACUCAGGGACAGUGGUGUGUUGGCCCAAACUCAAAAGACAGAACAUCUGGAGAUGAAAGCUGGACAGUUGGAAAAUGCUAAAAAGGAGCUUGAAAGGGAUCUCGACCAUCUAAAGGAUCAACUGGACCAUCAGAAACAACAUAAGAGAGAACAAGAAAGAAGGAUAGCAAUGCUUGAGGAGAGCAUGGCAACAUUUGAAGAAGAAUCCAAAGACCUCCAGUCACAGGAAGAACAGGCACAAACUACUCUGAAAAUUUACAGUAUGAACAGUGAGAGAUUACAAAGGAACCUGGAAACAGUGGGAGAGGAGAACACACUGCUACAAGAGAGCAAUGAUCAGCUGAGGCAGCAGGUGGAGGGAUGGGCAGAAAGAGUGAAUGAGUUGGAGGCAGAGAUGCAGAGGUGUGAGGUCACAUUCAGCGGGAUGCAGCAGGAUGUGGUCAAUAAGGAUGAGCGUAUAAUGUCGUUGACAGACUGCUUGCUGAAGAUGAAGGCUUGGGAUUCGGAUCUUGAGGAAGAGGACGGAGCGGAGAAGGAGACGUCCAAUGGUGCUCGGGGAAAAGAAAAGGAGAAUGGAAGAGGGGGCGUAACAGACCCACAAGGUCAUUUCCAGAAAGUCCAAAUGCUCAUUUAUGCUGCUAAGCUUAACGCCGACCUCAAAUCAGUAGAUGAAGACAAGGACAGAGUUUUUGCCAAACUUAAUGAUGAAGUAAAAGCUAAAGAAGACCUUCAAGUGAGCAUUAAAGAGCUGGAGAAUGAGAAACUAUCUCUGCACUCAGAUGCGGAACACUACUCGGAUCAGGUCCAACGAUUACAACAGAAGCUCCAGAUUAUGACAGAAAUGUACCAGGAGAAUGAGCUGAAGCUGCACAGACUGCUGACAGUAGAGGAGAAGGAGCGCCUGCAAAAAGAAGAAAAGUUAAAUAAAGCUGACAAAAACAUUGCAUUGGCCAUGGAAGAACUCAACAACUACAGGCAACGAGCAGAAGAGAUGGAGGAAGAGCUGGAUAAAUCCAAACAGGCUUACCAUACUCAGAUAUCAGCACAUGAGAAGAAGGCUCACAACAACUGGCUUGCAGCUCGAGCAGCAGAAAGAGAUCUAACAGACAUCAGGAGAGAAAAUGCCCUUAUGAGACAGAAGCUGACAGACACACAGUUCAAGCUAGACGCCCUUGACAAAGAUCCAUAUGCUUUGGACAGUCUGGCCAGACCAAUGCCUUUCAGGGCUGAAAGGUCACCAUAUGGUCCUUCUCCUCUGGGUCGACCAGGAUCUGAAACCAGAGCUUUUCUUUCUCCUCCUACAUUGAUGGAUGGACCAUCUCCUCGAUUGUCUCCUAGAGUCGGCCGUGGUCAUAUGGAGCCAUCAGGUGGCCAUGGGGACAUGGAGCGGAGUGGAGGGCCUCACUCUGACAGUGGAUCAAUCUCUCCCACAUGGGACAGAGAUCGCAGGGGACCCCCGCCAGGACCCCAAGGGCCCCCUGGGCCCCUAGGACCUCCAGGCUAUAUGUUCCCAGAACCAGGAGGUCCCAUGUACAGGAGACCUCCUCCCGGCCCUCCUCCUCCCCAUCUCAGGGGGUUCCCACCUGCUGGUCCACCAGGACCUCCACGCCCCACAGACAUGCCAGAUGGCUUGUAUAGAGACAACAGCCUUGGACCUGGUGAACAGGAAUACAGAGAGUCUGGUCCUGGUGAUCGAAGGACACCCCCUGAAGCAGAUCUAAGGAUGGGGGGCCCUCCCCCACCUGGAGCCCCAAUGGGCCCCAUGGAUGGUCCCUUUCCUCGUAGAGGUCCCUAUGGACCCCCACCUCCUGACUUCUACCCUCCCAGGGGACCAGGGGGCCCUUCCAUGAUGCCUAGGUGGGCACCUCCACCUCAGGGGAUGAUGUUCCCUCCUCGUUUUCCUACCGGGGGACCUCCUCAUGGUCCAGCUCCUCAUCCUCACUAUGCUCCCCCCAUGCGGCCCCUUCCACCCGACGGCUUCCAUCCUCCCUCUGUGGGUCCUCCUCCUCCUCCUCAACAGUCCCUCCCCUCGCCACCACACAGCCAGUCACCAGAAGAGCACAGACCCUCACCUGAAGAUGCCAUUUGAUCCUGAUCAGCUUUCUACUCAAACUUUGAGAUGAGGCAUUUCAGGUUCAAAUCAAAUGCAGUGGUAUGGAUGGCGGGCAGGGUACAGUUUACCACUGUUGCAUAUUUAACAUAUGGAAUGUAUAGUGUGAACAGACAGGAAACAUCAGUCUUCGUCAGCCUGUUUGGUUGUAGUCUGUCUACAUCGACUCCUUUUUUCAUCCUUUUCUCUCUUUCUUCUGCCUUCUUUCAUUUUAUUUUACCGCUCUCUGUUCCAUCGUCAUCCAAAUACUUUCUCAUUGUGGUCUUCCUCUUAUUGUGGAGUGGUGGUGAAAGCAAUAUAAGCCUAAUCUGUAUGUCUGUGUGUGGAACAAUGUUGCCACAUGACCUAGAAACUAACUGAGCUUGAUGAUGGCAGAACGGUUUUAAUGUGACUUGAAAUGUGUGCAUGUAAAGAUGCUGAAUGUGGCGGAGAAAAAAAUGUUUAACGAAUGGAACCAGUAAACAUUACAUCCUGAUGGGACAGAAAUCUAUAUGAUCCUGAGCUGUCGGGAAUGAAAUGUAAUUUCACCGCCUAAUACCCUUUAUUUCUUAUGACAACACUCUUGUAAUUGUCACAAUGAAUUUUUAAAAUUAGUCAUUUAGCAUCUGCGUUGUUGACCUGGAUUGAACUACACAAAAACUACGGAUCCCACCAGGUCUUAUUUUCUCUGUGACUGGACCGAGUUGAUCUAAAACUCUCUUAAAUUUUCCCCCAGAGGUCAAAUGAGAGUUUUCUUAAAUUAUAAUUUCAGCGAGUAACUUAAUUUCCCUGAGUUUCCUGCGAGACUUGGAGGAUUCUGAGCAUCAGGUGAUUCUUGUUACAAUGAAUUGCAUGUGACACAUGCUUGAAAACAAUUGUGGCUUUAAGAACAGACUUGUGUGUUUUGUCGAGGUUGAGACACAUUGUGUAACAUACUGGUAAAUAAAAUGGAGUGAUCAGAAGAGAAAGCAUGCAUCCAUGUGAAUUUUGUAAAAAAACGAUUAUUAAUAGAUGAAUAAAGACUCAAAUUGUCAAUGUC